UUCGAGACAACACGUGAAGUUCGCUCCUGGUCCCUCUUCUGAGUUUGAGACCAGAGAUCCGUAAGCCGGAGCAGAGGUGGCCGGCGCGCCCAGCCAGUUCUCCACCGCUUUACUCCCACUGUCUGCUCCUCUGGACUGGAGUCACGGCUGCUCCGAAGCACUUAGUCCCGGACACUAGGGCGCACGAACCCGCUGACGCCCCAAGUGCUCGCAGGGCUUCCAGCUAACCAUGCCGCCGCCGCUCGCAGCUACCUUGGCGCUGCCCCUGCUACUGCUGGUGGUGCGCACGCCGCUCCCGACUGGUGCGAGGCCGUCGCCGGGCCCGGAUUACCUGCGCCGCGGCUGGCUGCGGCUGCUGGCGGAGGGCGAGGGCUGCGCUCCCUGCAGGUCGGAGGAGUGCGCCGCGCCGCGGGGCUGUCUGGCCGGCCGCGUGCUCGACGCUUGCGGCUGCUGCUGGGAAUGCGCCAACCUCGAGGGCCAGCUCUGCGACCUGGACCCCAGCGCCCACUUCUACGGGCGCUGCGGCGAGCAGCUCGAGUGCCGGUUGGACACAGGCGGUGACCUGAGCCGCGGAGAGGUGCCAGAGCCGCUGUGUGUGUGCCGCUCGCAGCACCCGCUCUGCGGCUCCGAUGGCCGCACCUACUCGCAGGUCUGCCGUCUGCAGGAGGCGGCCCUCGCUCGGCCGGACGCCAACCUCACUGUGGUGCAUCCAGGGCCCUGCGAAUCGGAGCCCCAGAUCGUGUUGCACCCCUACGACAUCUGGAAUGUGACAGGGAAGGAUGUGAUCUUUGGCUGUGAGGUGUUUGCCUACCCCAUGGCCGCCAUCGAGUGGAGGAAGGACGGCUUGGACAUUCAGCUGCCAGGAGAUGACCCCCACAUCUCCGUGCAGUUUAGGGGCGGACCCCAGAGGUUUGAGGUGACAAGCUGGCUGCAGAUUCAGGCUGUCCGCCCCAGCGAUGAGGGCACCUACCGCUGCCUGGCCCGCAAUGCCCUGGGCCAGGCGGAGGCCCCAGCUAGCCUGACGGUACUCACACCUGACCAGCUGAACUCCACAGGCUUCCCCCAGCUGCCAGCCCAGCACCUGGUUCCUGAGGAAGAGGCUGAGAGUGAAGAGGGCGAGGAUUACUACUAGGUCCGAAGCCCUGGCCCUUGGGGGUGGGUGAGUGGGGAUAGUGUUCGUCCCUGCUCUUGAAAAGAUCUGGAAAGGGGGAGCAGGGACCCAUCACAUAUUGCUUUAAUGCCUUUCCUGGGGAAGACAUGAGAGUGGUGGAGAGGAGACAAAAACUGGAGAAGGGUAAGGAGGGAGGCAGAGACUAGGGAAUAGGGGUGAUGGGAUGCAGAGGAGCCCAUGCAGGAGAUACAUGGGCCUGCUGGUCCCUAGGCUGGUGGAGGGUGGCGUGGGGUGGGGUAGAGAGGAG